AUGCCGAUGCCAAAAAAGGAUUCUGAAAUCCUCACUAGAAACUUUACAUAUUUAGAGAAUAACAUAGAUGCGUCGCAUUUGUUAACAUUUUUGUUUCAAAGAUUUAUAAUCAAUGACGAAGAUAUGACACGAAUCGGAAAAAUUGUGAACAGAACAGCUCGAAAUACAGAAUUAUUACAGACUUUACUCCAUCGUGGUGAUAGAGCUUGGAGUGCUUUUAUUGCAGCUAUGAGAGACAGGGGGUAUACAGAAGUAGCUAAUGAUCUAUUUCUACCAAAUAAUGUCAAUGUUUCAAAUCCCAAUUUAGUGCCUUCCGUAGUUUCCCCAAGGUUAGAUGGUGGGUCUGAAAAUGAACUUACGCUUGCGGUAUAUCAGCAAUCAUAUAGAGAGUCUGGAGAAGCAAGCGCAUACACACUCAGGUCCGUUAGAACACCAGCCAAUGUAGAUCUUCAAGAACAGAUAAACAUCGUAUCAGACGAGAAUGAACAAUUGAAGGUCACAAUUGAGGAAAAAGAUCAAGCUAUCGCAGAAAAAGAUCAAACAAUCGCAGAAAAGGAUGAUACCAUUAUUAAAUUAAAUCAGGAAAUCUGUUCUUUGAACGAUAAAAUUGAGCGACUGCAAACCGAAGAGAACAAGAAUACCCAGAAAAUUACAGAAUUACGGAAAGAGGUGGCGACAUUACAGGAUGAAGUUAACAAGCGAUUACUAAAAUUAGAGAAGGGAAAGUCUCAGGCGACCCAAACGCCGAAUUUUCAAUAG